AUGAAAAAAUAUUUAGAACCACAAUUUUAUCCACCACAACCUUAUCAUAGAUUUCCUCCAAAUGUAACAGAUUCUGUUCCAAAUGGAACUACAAUUUAUCAUGUUACUAAAGAAUUUGGUGAUGCAUCUAUGGGUGAAUUAGGUCAAAUUGUAACUUCAUUAGCUAAAGCUCAAGCAAAAGCGGAUUCCAAAUUUAAUGUUAAUGUUAUAAUACCUCGAUAUUCUUUUUUAACUGAUUUAUAUCAAAUUCAAAGUUUUACUCAAUUAUCAAUUCAAGUAAGAGAUGAAACAAAUAAUUGGAAAGAAGUUAUAUUUACUGUUGGUCGAUUUUUUUGGAAAUUUACUGAUAAUCUUAAUGUCCUUAGUAAAAAUCCUUCAAUAACUCGAAAAAUUGGUGUAUAUUUAAUUGGUCCCGCAAAAAAUUUUAAACCAUUAAAUUUGGCUUAUAAAAAAGUUCAAAAUAAUUUGGAAAUUUAUUCUUCAUCAUCAAAAUUACCUCAAGAAUGGAAAGAUUUAUAUUUCUGUAAAGCGGUGGCUGAACUAAUUACUUUUCUAAAUUCUAAUCCUGAAUCAUCAUUAUUUGAUAGAUUUGAUCCUAGAGGUGUAGAUAUUGUACAUUUACAUGGAGUUACCAAUGCUUUAGUAUUAGAUUUUAUUAAACAAUUUUAUAGAGAAGAAAGUAAUAAAGUAAAAAGAAAAAGAAAAAGUAAUAAAUUAGCAAAUUAUAAAGAAAUUUUAUUAUCUUAUCCUCCUCCUUCUAUUGUUUACACUUUACAUGAUUAUCAAGAAGAACAAUUUUAUUCUAAUAAAGUUAUUAAUGUAAAUAAAUUUUUAGAUUUAACAAAUCGGGAAGAUCUCACAAAAUAUAUUUAUGGAAGUCGAUUUUAUCCAUCAGCUUUGGCAAUUGAUUAUUCUGAAGUCGUUACUAUUGUUUCCGCUUCAAUGGCUAGAGAAAUGGUUGAAGAAUCUUUGGAAUUUGAAGCAAAAGAAUUAAUUAUUCCAAGUAUUCUUAAUCGAUCAACCACAGGACAUUGGAUUGGUAUUACAAAUGGUGUAGAUUUUAAUUCUUUCAAUCCAUUCAAUGAUUCAAAACUUUUGGAAUUUAAUUCUAGUUUUCCUAGAAAUAUUGAUAAUUUUGAUAAUGAACUUUUAUAUGCAGAAUUAAUUGAAGAAUCUUCUCAAGAACUUGUAAUAAAUGCGAAAUCUAAUGCAAGGAAACAUUUAAUAAAAGAGAAGAUAUUGGAUUCAAAAGAUUUUAAUCGUAUUUUAUUAUUAUAUGUGGGAAAAUUUCAAUAUAACCAAGGAUUGGAAUUUUUCUCUCAUGUUGCAGAAAUAAUAUCAAAAUAUGAUGCCAAAUUUAUUAUUAUGGGACAACCAAAUGAUUAUCCAAUAAAAUAUUUAUAUCAAAUUCAAUCAAAAUAUCCUGAAAAUAUUUUAAUAAUUUCUAAUUUAGAAUUACAAUCAAAAUGGGGAACUUUAUUUAGAGUUGCAACUGAUUUAAAAUUUGUUCCAAGUUUAACAAAAAGUUUUAGAUUAAUUGCAGCUGAAGGAUUAUUAUUUGGUUCAUCUAUUAUAAGUACUGAUAUAGGAGAUUUAUCUGAAUUUUUAAUAAAUAAAAGUAGUAAAUAUAUGAUUGAAGGUUAUAAUAGUUAUUUAUUUAAAUUAGUGAAUGACAAAGAUAAUAAUAAAAAUAAUGAAAGAUAUCAAUUAGUUCAACGAUCAAUUGAAGGAUUAAAAAUUGUAUUAACUAUGGCAUUAGAAGAUUACAUUAGACUUAAAAAUAAUUUACAAGAAAAAGAAAUAUUUAUUAGAAAUUUAAUUAAAGAUGCUUUAAAAUUAAGUUGGAAUCGUAAAGAUGGACCUUUAAAUCAAUAUACAAAAGCUUAUAGUUUAGCAAUGUCAAUUGAACAAAAAAAUCUGAAAGUAAAUGUAUUAUAUUAG